AUGAUCGUCCUCCAUGAACAGCCGCCCGAUGUCAAGAGACAGCGCCCUGACGAUCCUUACCCCAUCCAUACUGAACUAUACGUUGUCCUUGCAUGAUAACCAGCGAGAAAGCAAUAUUAUAUACCGGUAGCCGCAAUGCAGCAAUAGUUUGGCAGAGGAAACCAUUCGCAUAUAAACCGAGCAUGAGCGUUCGAACAUCUACCGACGCCCCCUGGAGGUUUUCUUAGGGGGUUGCUCGAUGUUUCCAAGCGCGAAUGAUCCCCAGCAGCAGACCUCAUUCCUUCAUCGUAUCAAGUUCCACCGAGCUUCAACCUCACCGGCCAAGAUGAAGGGUCUUCUAUAUCUCCUCACAUCAAUUCCGCUCGCUGCGGCUACACUGGUGAGUGAGAGCGAUCCCCGCAAUCCAACUGGCAACAGUGCAGUGAAGAAAGCUAAAGAUCCAAAGCAUAAUCAUGCCUCAGCUUACCACCACAGAACAGGAGAUGUCUCUUGGCGAGUGAACGAGGGAGCUCCCAUCGACAAUGCCGCAUCAACGGAGCUGCUAGCUCUGCUUGCCCGGUCCCAAGAAAUAUGCUUGACGGAGGCGCCUGACGAUUGCUUCAACGGAUGCAUCGCGACCAACCUCGGCCUUCUCGGGGACGGGAGGUUCGAUUACAAGGUCUGGGAGUUGAUGAUCCUCACCACGGUUGCAAGUGAAGAGACCCGAGCAGAGGCCGUUCGGUUGGGCAGGGAAGCGGAAAUCGUGCUUGCGGGCAUAGAGACGUGCCAGGCUGGAGACUGGCUGGUGCAGAUCAUGGCCCGGCUGUAAACGUGUUCCUGGGAUUCAUGCAUGGUCGGCCUGUGGACAGUGUCAGUGGGUGUUGGGAAAAGUCUCUGAUCCAGCAACAGGAGGCUUAACCGUCGAACAGGACGAGGGACCGUCCUCCAUGUGUUAUUGCAUUACCUAAAGCCGAGGUGCUACGGC